CACCACUCAAGUCUGUGCUGUCAAAGGAUCAACGGUGCGACUUAACUGUUCAUACGGGUAUGCUUCCACAAGACAUGGCCUCUUAAAAGAAGUGAAGGACAUGUACUGGUUCACUAAAGAGCAGGAUGGGACCCCAGUAAGACUGCGGGCAGACCCACAGUACAGAGGUCGUGUGUCAGUGGAAAGUGUUCCUGGGCACCACACCUUGAAAAUCAAAUACCUGAGAGAGAGCGACUCAGCUGUGUACCAGUUCAGAGUGGAGACAGAGCAGCCAGGUGAAAUAUACACCAGUGAUCCUGGAGUCUCUUUGUCUGUCACAGAUCCAGAUCUACAGGUUCAGAUGAGAGGACCUGAUCCUCAUGGCAAGGUGUAUCUGAGGUGUCACAGCAGUUGUCUCCUACUUCCAUAUUCCUCCUACAUCUGGUACAAGACUGGAGAGGAAACUCAGGAAGAAACCUCUACUUAUUAUCUUAAGGACUUUACUCGUGCAGACAGCUAUUCCUGUGCUUUAAUCAGACGCGAGAAUUUCCCCUCUUCUUUUAUCUGUGCGUGGGGUUCAUCGUGCAACAGAGUGUCGUACACGGACAGAGAAAUCUGUGCUUUCAAAGGCUCAGCAGUGAAUAUUUCUUCCAGCUACAACAGUUAUGGGACUAUCACAUCCAGAUUCUGGUUCAGUCCUGAACUUAGUCACCGUUGGAAAAAUCCCAUACUACCUGAGGACCUAAGUGAAGACUCCCAGUUUGCAGAUCGUGUUCAGGUCUUUGAAACAGAGAGAGGACGCUCCACUUUAAGAAUCGCUGAUCUGAGAGAGAGUGACUCAGCAGAAUACGGUUUCAAAUUCAAGACGCAGAGCUUUGAAUGGACAAGCAGUCAACCUGCCACAAAGCUGACUGUCACAGCUUUAAGGGUGCGGGUGAGAAGAGCACGAGCCAACCAGUCUUCGACCUAUGCAGUCCUGUGGUGUCUCAGCAGCUGCAGGCCAGCUCUUCAUUUGUCCUUCAUCUGGUUCAGGAACGGAGAAACAAAUAGUUCCUGGCCGGAGACGUUUUCCUAUGAAGGCUGGAUUUCUUUGGAGGAAGAAAUCUCCUGUGCUUUAAGAGGACAUGAACAGUUUCCCUCUCCACCAGUCAAUGCUCCAAAGGUUCCCUCAGUGCUGUUGAAUUCCUCUGGUGAGAUACUGGAGGACAGUUCAGUGACUCUGACCUGUAGCAGUGAUGCUAACCCAGAGGCUAACUACAUCUGGUACAAGAAAGAUGGAGAUCAAGACGUCCAGCCGCUCAGUAACAAGUCCCAGCUUGUCUUCAGCUCCAUCCAGUCCUCUGACUCUGGAGAGUAUUACUGUGAAGCUGAGAACAAGCUCGGGAAGAGAACAUCCAAGCUCUUCUUCGUCGAUGUGAAGUGUCUAGAUAAAUCAGCAAUGAUAAGUGCCAACAGUUUGGGUCUCCUGGUUGUGAUCUCGAUUCCUGUACUCUUUUUAAGUCUGUGGAUGAGAAAAAAGACGACUCUGCGCUCCUUUGCUGAACCAAAUGAACCUGAAGGGACUGUAGAGAUUGAGUCCGAUCCUGAUAACAUCAGCACCACUGCCUUGAACAGCAUACCUGCAGUACAGCCACAAGACACUGAGGAGCAAGAAACUCCUGUGUGAAGAUGCAGUUGAACCGGAGUGAUGGCUAGUGGAAGAAAAACUGAAGAGCGACUUUGCAGAGGCUGUGUUAUUGAAUACAAGCUUUAAUUUCAUGUAGUUUAGGAUGUGCAGGUUUGAUAUAUAUGUAGUUUAGGAUGUGCAGCUAUGACUAAUUCAGUUUAAAAUAUUGAAUCCCUUUUAUUGGACACCCUCAAGGUUACAUCACCUAGGUCUUGAAAAUACAGCCGAUUGCUGGAAAUGUCAGGAAGAAAAAAAUAAUAUUUUUCCACUAAUAUUCCAACAUAA